UCUCUCUAUUUGUUCAUCUUCGUUUUUCACAACGAAGCAUGUCAAGUACGGCGUCGUUUAGAUCUCGGAGGCAAAAGCAGGAAUUAGAGGAGGCGCGCAAAGCCGGAAUCGAACCGGCCGAACUCGACGAAGAUGGGAAAGAAAUCAACCCGCACAUCCCGCUGUACGUGUCCACCGUGCCGUGGUAUUUGAACGCAAACAAACCCACUCUCAAGCACCAGAAAAAUUGGAAGAACAACAAUUCCGAUCGGAGCACAAACAACUCCGAUAGUUACGCCGCCAAACGAGACCCCUGGAAGAAUUUCGACCCCGCCGCCGAUUACAAACAGGUUGUCAGGAUGCACGAGGCCCGCGGAGAAGCCCGGAGUAAGUAUUUGCACAAUCAGCGCCUUCAGAAAUUGGAUCACGAAAAAGGCGGAGGAGAAGAAGAAGAAGACUCUCUGAAAGUAGGUGAUAGCAAACAGGUGGAUUUCGGGAAGGUGGAGAAGCGCGUGCGCACCACCGGCGGUGGUAGUACAGGGACUGUUAGGAAUUUAAGAAUUAGAGAAGAUACUGCUAAAUAUCUGCUUAAUUUGGAUUUGAAUUCGGCGCAUUACGACCCGAAAACCCGAUCCAUGAGGGAGGAUCCUCUGCCGGAUAUGGAUCCUAACGAGAAAUUCUACGCGGGAGAUAACGGGAACAGGGCCACCGGUCAAGCUUUGGAGUUCAAACAACUGAAUUUUCAUGCCCGGGAAGUGUUCGACAAAAUGGGGCUUGAUCAUGUUGUUGAUGUGCAGGGUGCUCCCUCGCAGGCUGAAUUGCUUUACAGGAAUUUUAAGAUUAAUAAGGAGAAAUUGAAGUCGCAAAAUGCUACGAAAGCUGCAAUCUUGAAGAAAUAUGGGAAUGCUGCUGCUAAUACUGAUGAUCGAGAAGUUGUUCUUCCUCGGGAAUUGUUGUUGGGACAAACGGAGGUCGAGCUCGAGUACGAUCGAGCGGGUAGGGUUGUAAAACAGGGCGCGAUAAUUCGUAUUGCAAAGAGCAAGUACGAAGAAGAUGUGUGCGUAAACAAUCAUUCGAGUAUAUGGGGUUCGUGGUGGAAAGAUGGUCGAUGGGGCUACAAUUGUUGCCAUCAAACAUUGAGAAACACCUACUGUACUGGUGAUGCUGGUAUUGAAGCGGCUGCUUCAGAUGUUACGAAAGCUAAUGUGCAUCGGAAAAUAGAAUCGAACCAAGCAGCAACUACUGCGAGUGAUAACGAUGAGAUAAUAAGAGCUGCGACUUGGGGAAGUCAAGUACCUGAUGAUUUAGUUUUGAACCAGAAAAAAUUGGCUGAAGCGCUCGAGAAGGAGGAUCGAAACAAGAACCAAGAGAGAGAUGAAAGAAAACGGAAAUAUAACGUAAAGUGGAAGGAUGAAGUUACGGCCGAAGAUAUGGAAGCUUACAGGAUGAAGAGGGUUCAUCACGAUGACCCAAUCAAAGACUUUCUGCAUUGAUAAAUAUCACUAUUGUUUAUGCAACACACUUUUGUUAUUAAAGUCCAUUAUUAUUUUAUUUUUUUCAAAUAAUAUGUAGUGUCUUAGGAUUACAUAAAUUUAGAAUAAAUCCAAUUUUAAUCAU